AGUGAUCAGUUCUCUGGCCCUCCAAUUGCCAUAGCCAAAUUCUGCACUUACUGUAGCACCGAACUACAGGCCUUAUAGUCCGUGGUUAUUGUUUGUCCAGCCCCUUUGCAGUUCUGCCUUUUAUGUUGUUUUGGUAGCUCUUGAUACCUCAAAGUACAAAGUACCAACUUACCUCUCUUUGGACCGCUGUUUGCUUUCAGCAUGCCGAUACACGAGCAUAGAUUUUUCAGUUCAAGACGAAGCAAAAUUGGGCCAAAACACGACUAUACUUGGUUCUGUUGCGAGUGUGGCGGUUUCGCGGGGACAUGGGAAAUCAAUGAGGCCUGCCCGCAAUGGCUGUGCCACCACGCGCGAUGCUCUUUGUGCGUAAUUGAGAGGGUGCUCGUGCCUCGCGACCCUUUCCUUCCAAGCCGGACUUGGACUACACCGACGUGGCGCGGCCUGUCAAAACCUGCUUCGGACUCACUUCUCUCUCCGCAAGGCGACAGCCACAAAUUUGCGACACCAAGCACGGGCGUGGUGAUCGACAGCUACCCUUCGUUACUGGAUUUCCCUCCCCCAAGCCCGUCUUCUAGUGGAUCAUCACAUGACUUGGAACGGGACGAAGACUUCGACGACGGCCACACGCAUGAAAUUGGAGACAGCAUCGUGUCUCGAUCUCUGUCAAACGAAUUCUCUGCGACGGCCCGUGACAUGCUGCCUCUGCUGUUCGCCCGGUACGAGGAGUGGCUACGACAGGCAACCUCUGCGCCAUCGGGCUCGGGAUCCGGUGGCGCGAGCAGCAGCCGGAACACAAGACACGAGGACCAGCAGAGCUCAACUGAAGGCCCGCCGCGGAAGAGGCGCCGCACAGACGACAAUGGGGAUUCGGCCGAGGAAAAAGAGCCGAGCAUCGAAGUCGCGCUCCCAGACGGUUUAGAAACCAUCAGACUGGACCGUCGUUUGUUCGCCUGCCCCUUCUGGAAGGAGAACUCGAGUCAGUGGCGAUACUGCUUCAGAUACCGGCUCAGGCGGAUCCAGGACGUGAAGCAGCACCUGCGCAGAGUUCAUGCCCAGUCCUGCCACUGUGUGCGGUGCGGCCACGAGUUCCCAUGCCGGCAGGACCGGGACUCACACUACGCCAGCGCCAUUCCAUGCGAGACGAGGCCCUUUCGCCGGAAGUGGCUGACGGACGACCAGACGGAGAGCCUGAAAAAGAAGUCGAACCCGAAGCACACGGCCGACCAGCAGUGGUACGCGAUCUGGGACGUCGUGUUUCCCGACCACCCGCGGCGGCCCGACUCGCCAUACCUCGACGGCUCGCUGUCUGAAGACCUGAGCUCCUUUCGCGACUUCUUCCUGGCCGAGGGCCCGAGCAUCCUGAGGGAGAGCAUCGGGCCGCGCAGCGCCAUGUACGAGCGCCAGGCCCUUCAGCUGUCGCUGACGCAGAUAUACAACCAAUGGGCUUCUGCACGAGGCCAGUCUAUGCUGGACCCGGACGGCGACACGUCGGCCGGCAGCUCUUCAGCAGCCGAAACUCCUCCAUCGGCCAUAAUCGCCGCUCCGACCCCUGGCAUGUUUGCAGAGUCUAGUGGUGCCGAGACUCUAUGGCCUUGGGAUUGCAUUGCAGAGAGUGUUCGAGAAGCCGAGGGUGGCGACCUGCACAGCACCCCUAACUUCUUUGGUGACGACUUGGGAUUUUUGGACUUUGGUUUUGACAGCUACCCGCCCGGCGACUCUGGAACUGGCGGGCUAAAUGAAACGUCUCUUUUCCUCUAUCCCACCAACUACGCCGACGGGUUCGGCGAGUUGGAUGCGGCCACUUCAGAUUCAAGCAAUCCCACUGACUCGCAUGGAGGCCUGCAAAUCGGCGAGGAACCAGGGCUGCCGACGCCGACAAGCAUGGAACCAAAGAGUCCAAAAGCGUGAGGCGAGGGGUUCGUAGCGUCCUUCGCUGUCAGUAACUCUCAUACGACUAAAAUGACAAAUAGAUAGACGUAGAACGGAAGCAAAAAGAGGGGAGGGAUGCUUCCAUUCUUCGGACGGUAGAAAUGAUGGCAUUCUCUCCCGCCGGGAAUUGAACCCGGGUCCCGAGCGGAAUCAUCUGUGAAAUUGUACUGACCACUAUACUACGGAACAUUUGAAG